UUCCAACAUCCUAUCUAACACAUAUUUUUUAAAACUUUGUUUUUGAUUGAUUAAAUUAACAUGAGUUCCUUCAAAUCGUGUGAAUUUUAUAUAAAUUUAGUGAGAUUCAUGUAAAUUUUAAUCAAUGAGAAAAUCCUGAUGUAAAAUAGAUAGUUAUAUGUUCUGCAAUCAUUCAUCUUGUAUGAUUUUGAAAUGAACCAAUUCAACAUGAGAUUGACACCACUACCAUCCUUUUCUCAUUUCUCUUCAAUUUAAUAACAAAUGGAUAACCGAAUCUACACAUCCUCUUACAACAUCCCAACCGGAGCAGCUCCAUCAACAGCAUCACCCGACCCGAAUACAAUGUUCCUCGCUCACUAUCGCCGCACCGCCGAAGCCGCCGCCGCUGCUUCCUCCAUCCGCUACUCCUCCGAUUUCGACAUUGCUCCUCCUGGAGUUGCUUCUAGAAUCUCCACUACUAAUCCUUGGGCGAAUGCUUUCCCCUCCGCCGCUGCCGCCGUCGCCGCUGCUGCAACAAAUGUCGCCUCUGCCGCUUCACUUGAUCUUAAACGCUCUUCUGAUGCGCUCUACCAUCCAUCCAUUUUGAGUACAAUUGGGCAAAACGAAGCUUGGUAUACGUCAAACUCACUGGCCAAGCGCCCUAGAUAUGAAACCGGAAGUACUUUGCCUAUUUAUCCACAGAGGCCAGGAGAGAAGGAUUGUGCCCACUAUAUGCUAACAAGAACCUGUAAAUUUGGAGAGAGCUGCAAGUUCGAUCAUCCUAUUUGGGUUCCUGCGGGUGGAAUCCCAGAUUGGAAAGAGGUUCCAAAUAUUGUUCCAAGUGAAACUCUUCCUGAGAGACCUGGAGAACCAGAUUGUCCGUUCUUUCUGAAAACUCAAAAAUGCAAGUUUGGUACAAAGUGCAAAUUUAAUCAUCCAAAUGUUCCCUCUGAAAAUGACGAUGUUUCUGGCUUACCUGAGAGGCCACAGGAGCCCCCUUGCGCGUUCUACUUGAAAACUGGAAAAUGUAAAUACGGUGCUGCAUGCAAAUUCCAUCACCCCAAGGAUAUCCAGAUUCAAUUAUCUGAUGAUUUGAGCCGCACUGUUGAGCAGACACAAACAAAUUCUUCUGUGUUUGAUGGGGCAAUAGGAGAUACACAGUCAAUUAUGCCUCUUAUAUCUCCACUGUCGCAUAAUAGCAAAGGGCUUCCUGUGAGACCGCGGGAAGUGGAUUGUCCAUUCUACAUGAAAACUGGAAGUUGCAAGUUCGGUGCCAGUUGCCGCUACAAUCAUCCCGACAUGAAUGCCAUUAAUCCACCUGUGUCUGCAUUGGGCCCUUCUGUUUUGGCGUCCUCAACUGCUAAUCUUAACAUGGGAGCUAUUAAUCCAGCUGCAUCUUUUUAUCAAGCUUUUGACCCCAGUCUGUCAAAUCCAAUGUCUCAGGUGGGAGUAACAGGGACUAUCUAUCCUCAGCGCCCUGGACAGAUUGAAUGUGAUUUCUAUAUGAAAUCUGGCAUAUGUAAAUUUGGGGAAAGAUGCAAGUACCAUCACCCAAUCGACCGCACAACAUCACUGUCAAAACUGCAAUCAAAUGUUAAACUUACUGCUGCAGGGUUACCAAGAAGAGAGGGUGUUGAGAUCUGCCCAUAUUAUUUAAAAACUGCAACAUGCAAGUUUGGCGCAACAUGCAAAUUUGACCAUCCACCACCAGGAGAAGUGAUGGAGAUGGCUAAGUCACAAGGAGCUUCUACAACCAAUGGAGGAGAAACGGAGACCAACGAAGAUGUGCCUGUGCCUGGUUCUGCUCCGGAACAAUAUUGAGAUCAUGCUUGAAAUUACAGUCUAUUUUCGAGUCUUUUUCACCUUGUUUUAUUUCAUUACAUGUCUUGAAUAACUCUAUCAGAAGACCUGUUUUACUUUCUUUACUGGCAAAUUUCUCUCUGGAUUGGUAUCAGUGCUUAUUUGGUUAGUUGACCUAUGAAAGUUAUGGUCAACUAUAGUUUUAUAAUCAUAAUCAUUAACAUAA